GGUCUUUUCUUUUUACCGAAACAAUAUUUUUAUCGGGUCGAGAAAAUGUUAUGAUACCCGACCCGUUACGGGGAGAAAAUAAACGAGAAAAGUCUCGAGAAAAAGAAAAGCAUCGAUAAUCUCAAAAAGUUUUUGGUUUGAUUUGGGAAUUCGUGCGCGGCUGUGGCAGAGGCCAAACCCACCCGUGUACCAUCCGUCGGAUCCACCAAACCAAAGUCUCAUCUCUCUCUCUCUCUCUCUCUCUCUCUCUCUUCUUCUUCGUUUUCUUCUCGAACAAAUUCCUCUGCUUUGGCAUUUUAGGGUUUCUCAAAUUUUGACGCUUUCUCUUAAAAGGGUUGACGACAUAACCCUUUGGGAGAAAAAACAAAGGUUGAGGAAGACCACCAAGGAAAAAAGAAAGAAGAAUUCGAACAACAACAACAACAACAACAACAAGAUAAAGUUACGAAUUUUCCCUCUUUGUAACCUUUGUUUCUCUUCUUCCUCUUCCUCUACUUUUUUCCAUAAAGAUUCUGCCUUUGGAUUUCAAUUUCGUCUUCCUUUUUCGAUUUUGCCGCGUUUAACAUGACAUCUGCAAAACCCUACCCUAUUGUGGACGCCAUUGUUGAUUCCCACGAAUUUCGUUUUCCUAGAGAUUGCUUGUUCUAGCCCGAGCUAGGAGCUCAAGAUUUUUGAAGGAAAGUUUCGUUUUUUUUUUCUUUUUUGCGGAAUCGAAUCUGUUUUCUGCGUUAUGGGUUGUGUUCAAUGCAAAUGCUGUAGCCGAUAUCCGUCGUCGUCAUCAGAUGGAGAUUCUCGUGGACCUUUAGAAGCCAAUGGUAUUGUCAAAGGGAAAGAUCAGAAACCUCUUGGAUCUAUUCACGUUCCUUCUCCUAAUUUCGACAUGGUUUACUCUGUCUUAUCUCAACGAGGCUAUUAUCCUGAUUCACCUGAUAAAGAGAAUCAAGACACUUACUGCAUCAAAACCGAGCUUCAAGGUAACCCGAAUGUUCAUUUCUUCGGUGUGUUUGAUGGUCACGGCGUGUUUGGUACGCAGUGUUCGAAUUUUGUCAAGGAGAGGGUUGUGGAAAUGUUGUCUGAAGACCCAACUCUGCUUGAGGAUCCUGAGAAAGCUUACAAGUCUGCUUUUUUGAGGGUGAAUGAGGAGUUACACGAUAGUGAAAUCGAUGAUUCGAUGAGUGGUACUACUGCCAUUACGGUUCUUGUUGUUGGGGAUAAGAUUUAUGUUGCCAAUGUAGGGGAUUCGAGGGCGGUUCUUGCUGUUAAAGACAGGAAUCGGAUUCUAGCAGAGGAUUUGUCUUAUGAUCAAACGCCUUUUAGGAAAGAUGAAUGCGAGAGGGUGAAAGCGUGUGGAGCUAGAGUGCUGAGUGUGGAUCAAGUGGAAGGAUUGAAAGAUCCGAAUAUACAAACAUGGGCAAACGAAGAGAGCGAAGGAGGUGAUCCGCCGAGACUUUGGGUACAAAACGGGAUGUAUCCGGGAACCGCAUUUACAAGGAGUGUUGGAGAUUUUACAGCUGAGAGCAUUGGAGUUACUGCAGAACCAGAAGUGUCAAUGGUUCAUCUUUCGCCUAACCAUUUGUUCUUUGUUGUUGCAAGCGAUGGGAUUUUCGAGUUUCUUCCAAGCCAAGCUGUUGUUGAUAUGGUGGGGAGAUACGCUGAUCCGCGUGAUGGAUGCGCUGCAGCUGCAGCGGAAUCAUACAAACUGUGGUUGGAGCAUGAGAAUAGGACAGAUGAUAUCACAAUUAUCAUUGUACAGAUUAAAAAGCUGUCUAAUGAAUGAUUCACAUUCCUAUUUGCCCCUUUGUUUGAUUCUUCUGUACUGUAUGUCACAGAUUCCAUCUAACUAUAUAGCAAAGUUAAAAGUAAUGCUCUCUCUUUUGUGUAUGAGCUUCUUUUACCAAAGAUUAAAUGACGUGUUUACUACG